AUGCCUCCCACCAAAUCACAGAAAGUCGCCAAGGUUGCCAGCACUGAAGAUGGAUCCCAAGGCUUCGUCGAGAAGCAGAACGAGUUGUACAAAGUAGUCAAGGCUCGCCAGGACGAGGCGCGCUCGAAAAUCCGCAAAAGUCGUACCUACAGGAACAAGGACUUGCAGGCGCGUAUCAAAGCUCUGAAGCGUGGUCCGACAACCAAACAGCCCGGGAGCAACGCCGACGCGCCAAGUUCUGACCACACGGCCUUCGGCUCCCUUCGAGACCUGCUCGCUCGCAAGACCGACAUUGAGCGACGCAUCACUGAAAGCAUCAAUGUUCUGGAGGCGGCCAUGCGCAUCGCUUCCUCCGAGCUCCAGAUUGUCCUCAAGUCGCGCUCCGAGCUUUCCGCGACUGCAACAAUGCCUGCCAAAGCAAAUGCUGCAACUGCAGAUUCCAAUGCCCUUGUCGUACAACAGUGA